AUGGCAAUCAAUACAAAUGCACAUGAAACUGAUAAAAAGAAUGUAGCUCAUCCAUUAAACAUUGAAUAUACUUACAUAUUUUAAAAUCUUAUCUGUAUUUUCUAAAAUAUAUUUACUAAAUAAUUUCUAUGUCUCUAUUUUAGCAAAUGCCAACUAAAUCAAGAUCUCUUAUAAUAUGAUAAUGUACUAACAAAUUAUAUUUUAUAUACGCUUUAAGUUAGCGCACUUUUGUAGGGAGACUCAGAUUUUAUUUUAACUGGCCCCAUUCAUAUUCUAGAACAUAUUAUUAAUUUAGUUUAUUGUUCAGUUUCUAGGAUCACAUAUGUCAAAUUUUAAUUGAUCUCCACAGCUAAUAUUUUGCCAACAAAAACGCAUAAAUGUAAUUUAUUAGAUAAUUAAUUGCUUAAAAUUGGUCUAAUUAUAUCUGCAAAGCAAGAGGAGGAAAGAAACAAAUAGUCACCCAAAAGAUUUCUAAUCGGUAACAAUCUGCUGAGAGCCAAAGAGUCGAAGGCUUAUCAAGAUAAUUGA